AUGCGCUCCUGGACUGAGUCGUUUCUUUGGGAAGGCUUUGAGGAAUGGCAGAAUGGAGCCUCUUGUUUUUACAUCAACGACUGGGCUUUACCUCAUGUUUCAGCUUUGACGCUCCUGUGGAAAAGGUUGAAGGAUGACGUUGCAAUUUUAAAGGACACUGCUACUGCAGCUCAUUUAUUUAUCAGGACCUUAGUUGUUGUCAGCAGUGGUGCAGUAAACAUAGGGGCAAAGUUAUUUCUGUUUUAUGCUCACUUAUAUCCCUUUAGUUUGCUGAUGAAUUUGAUGGACCAGGAGCCCAUGCAGGGGUGUGAGGAGGUGAGAGCAGAUGGAGCCAAUGCGAGCCACACUUUCAAGCGUGGCUGGUGGUCAGAGGAAAGCACCACUGAAAGAGGGUGUGUGGCUGUGGGAGAGCUAAGUGACCAUGAAACGUUUGAAGCCAGAGAAGAUCCAGAACAGGAUAUGAAGGAUGCUGUGAAAAGAGCCUGGCAGGUACUGAGAAUCAAUAGACAAUCUCAGGCUCUGCGGGAGGCGGUAGCCGCUUCACCCUGCACGGGCUGUGAGCGCCUUGGAAUUCAAGAUUUCCUUAGCAACGGGACUUCGCCAAAUGUUUGCGAAGCAGAGCUGACAGUAGUGCGACUUGUACACCCAUGCGUGUAAGCCUUCACACACAUCGUCAAAUGCUGGAAACCAGGUUGCCGGUGCCUCAGCUGGUGUGCUGGCUACGAAAGGAGGACUUGGUACUACACCACAUACAGACAGGUGCACAGCAUACAGCUGCAGACAGUCUACAGGUGCUGUCCUGGCUGGAGCCGGUGGGAUGAUGAAUGUGGCUGCCUGCACUCUACUCCUGUGGUGGGGAGUCGUUUCAAUGGAAAGAAGUGCUCAGCUGGUGAGGGCCAGCAGUGCCGCUGUUCAGAGGGAUUUCAUGGGCCCUCCUGUCAAUAGGAUAUAAAUGAAUGUGCUAUGGGCAAUGGUGGCUGUCAGGAGCAAUGCUGUAAUACAAUUGGCAGUUAUUACUGCAAAUGUCAAGCUGGCUGGAAGCUGGAGAAAGAUGGCAGAGGAUGUGAAGAUGUCGAUGAAUGUGUCCUGUUGAAUGGAGGCUGCCAGCAGUGCUGUAUUAACACUCUGGGCACCUUCCACUGUGAAUGUGAUACGGGAUACAGACUCCAUGCUGAUGCACGCACCUGCAUAAAGAUGGACCCCUGCACAGGUGGUAAUGGAUGCGCUCACAUAUGUCAGAGUAAGAAUGGCAUGGCCAGGUGUGCCUGCCACCCAGGGUACCAGCUGUUGGAAGACAAAAAGGCCUGUGAAGAUAUAAAUGAGUGCGCUGAAGGGCUCCUCUCUGCAGUGUCCUGUAUCAACUCAGUGGGAGUUUUCACAUGUUCCUGCCAUACCGGCUUUGAGCUUGGAGCUGAUGGGAAACACUGUUACCGGAUUGAGUUGGAAAUUGUCAAUAGCUGUAAGAAGGACAAUGGUGGAUGUUCUCAGUACUGUGAACCUGGGAUUGGAGGGCCAUGUUUUUCCUGUAACCAUGGACACCAGCUGGAUUCUGAUGCAAAAACAUGCAUAGAUGUUGAUGAAUGUAAGAACGGAGACUCCUGCUGUGCCCAGCUCUGCAUCCACUAUUUAGGGGGCUAUGAAUGCAGCUGCCAGCAAGGCUUCCAGAUCAGCUCUGAUGGUUGUACCUGUGAUGCUGUGGAUGACAGCAAGCCAGAGAAAGAAGAAGAGGAAGAAGAAGAAUUAGAAGUCGUGAGGUUUCAGAGCUCACCUCUACGGCAGAGCGAUCUUGCUGCUUCUCUGUCUUCUUCCUCUGGAGGUGAAGAAGAUGAGACAGUAGAGGAGAAUGAUUUCCAAGAACUAACUGCUUUACACUAA